AUGCCUUCGGACAACGCUUCAGGCGAGGGUGCUUCGGAAGCUAAGCCUAGCGUCUCAAACGUGUUCAUGGGCCGGCUGGGCAAUAUAGAAGAGUUUUCUCCUGACAACGCGGCAGCCUGGCCUACAUACCUCGAACGCCUCCAGUUCUAUUUCACGGCGAAUGGUGUGGUUGAGGAGCAGCAGCAACGGGCAGUGCUGUGCAGCCAGCCGGGUGAAAGUAUCGCGGAUUUUGUUGCGGACUUGCGCCGACUCUCCGAGCACUGCGAGUUCGGUGUCACCCUGGAGGACAUGCUCCGCGAUCGUCUAGUCUGUGGCGUUCGUGACGAAGGGCUGCAACGGCGUCUCCUGGCUGAGACUGCAUUGGAUUUCAAGAAGGCGUACGAAAAGGCCGUCGCUGCCGAGUAUGCGACGAGGCAAACGGAAACCAUCCGGGGAGCGUUGCCGUCAGCGUCCGAGUUACAUCGGAUGGGUCAAGCACCAAAGGCGGACAAGCCGGGCGGUAAACAAGAGCGUUCCAAGGAAUCAAGAACCGGGCGGUGUACCCGCUGCAGCGGUGACCACGACGCUACGAGCUGUGGUUUCCGCUCUGCAGUGUGUCAUUUCUGCAAGCGGAAAGGUCACAUUGUUCGUGCCUGCCGUCAAAAGGAAGAGGCAAGAAGCAAGGCAAAGAGUGGCAAUAAGCGCCCAGGCAACUUGGGUCACUCAGGAGUGUACGGACUUUACCACAUUGCUAGUGGAUUGCCAGCGUUUAUGGCUAACGUCAUUGUGAACGGACACCAGGUAUCGAUGGAAGUGGACUCUGGAUCCGUUUGUUCUAUUGUCAACUUAUGGACAUUGAGCAAGCUGGGAAUCUCGAAGAAGGCGCUCCGACCAAGUUCCAAGGGAGUGCGGACGUACACACAGCAGCCUGUUUGUGUCGUGGGUGAAGUGGAAGUUCCUGUAAAGUACAACAGUAGAGAGGGCAAACUACCCCUGUUCGUCACGAAAGGGUCGGGAGUCAGCAUCCUGGGGAGAGACUGGUUCCGACCGCUAGGCAUAACACUGGAGGGACUGCACCAGCUCAGCAGAGCUCCAGCUUCCAAAAGUUCCAGUCGAGAAGUCCAACCAGCUGCACGCAACCCGAGCAAGGUGGUGACAAGCAAGCAGGGUCUUCCUGUGCGGAUCUUAGUGGAUGAGAAAGCCACGCCCAAGUUUCACAAGCCACGGCAAGUACCUUUCGCGCUACUGCCCAAGGUGGAGGAAGCCAUCGAACAGUUGGUCGAGCAAGGCAUUUACGUUCCCAUUAAGCAUUCCCGCUGGGCUACGCCAAUUGUGCCGAUUCUGAAGAAGAACGGAAAGAUGAGAAUUUGCGGGGACUACAAGGGAACACUCAACCCUGUCGUCAAGUGGGAGACAUAUCCCCUUCCAACUCCAGAACAACUGCUCGCAAGACUGGGAGGAUGUGCAGUGUUUUCUCGGCUGGACUUGGAUCAAGCUUAUCAGCAACUCUGUGUCGAUGAGGACACCGCCAUGCUGCAGACCGUGACAACUCACAAGGGCCUGUUCAAGGUGACGCGAUUGCAGUUUGGUGUGGCAGUCGCCGUAGCCAUCUUUCAACGUUAUAUGGAAGGACUGUUGAACGGACUGGAAGGGGUUCAGUGCUUUCUGGAUGACAUCCUAAUUGGCGGAAGAACAGUUGCUGAGCAUGACGAGCGGCUGCGCAAAGUGCUGCAGCGUAUCCAAGACGACGGGCUUCGCCUGAACGCCGAGAAGUGUGCAUUCAGGGACAAGGAAGUGACGUACCUGGGGUACCGUGUCAACAAGGACGGAGUAAGUCCUUUGCGUGAAAAAGUGGAAGCCAUCAAGCAAGCUCCGGAACCGAAGAACAAGAAGGAGCUGCAGUCGUUCUUGGGAGCCUUAAAUUUUAUGGCCGUUUCUUGA